UGUGCAUUCUCCUAGCAAUAGUGAAAGCUCCUUGGAACAAGUUGUCCCCAACACCGUACCUGAUGCCUGUCAAACAGAAUCCACGGGUACAGAGAGCAGCACUGAGCAUCUUGAUGCGGAAGGCAGCGGAAUUACUCACGAAGGCCAAGAUUUCCGCGAGCCUGGAAGAACAGAAACCGUUUCCGAAUCUGAGCUGCAAAAAGGGGCAAGCUCUUCCUCCAGCGCCAUUUUACCCGAGCUAAGCAAGCUUGGGCUUCCCGCGUCCCUCCAAAGAGAUCUGAGCAGACACAUGAGCUCGCGAAGCAAAACAGGAACGCAUCUUCCAGAGCCUAACCUUAACAACGCGAGGCGAAUCCGAAACGUGAGCAGCCAUCGAAAAAGCGAAACGGACAAGGAUUCUGGAAUAAAACCAACUCUGAGGAACAUUCUGAACGCGCCUCGGAGGAAUAUAAACUGGGACCUGGUCAUGCAUCAUGUGAUGAAGAAGAAGCAAGAGAUGGGAAAAGGUCUGCCAAGGUUUGGGAUAGAAAUGGUGGCACAGGUUCAAAGUGAACAAGAAGGUCUUGACUUUGAUAAAGAAGCAGACUUGGGUAUUGAAAGCUUCCACUGGGAAGGAACCUCUAAGUGUCCUCUGUCCACACAGAAGCGGAGCCUUUCUGAGAGCAGCGUCACCGACAAGGCUUCCGUGUAUAUUUUUACCGGCCACGGCUCUGACACGCAGAUCGAACGGAGCAGUCCAACAACCCAUUCGACACCAGCAGCGUCUGGACGGAAUGUGAGUUCCACUGUGACGCGGCCCUCAAAGCAGGAGGAGGAGAGCGUCCCCAUAGCACCUCCUGAGGCACCUAAUGCUACUGUUCUUUCUGACCUGCCACCAGCUGAGACAUCUCAAAGUCAAAUCGAAGACGUAAAAACUCAUACCGCCUCGGACGGUCCACAGAUGUUGCAGGGUGUUAGCGAAGAUGUGGAUUUCGGUGCAGCCGGUGGCUUUACAACCAGCACGCCGGUGGAUGUAGCUACAGAUAGCUGUGAAUCUUGCGCUGAACUGAAUGAUGGACAAGGGGCUGGAAAGAAGAGAAGGGCUACCGGGGAUGGUUCCUCCUGUCCAGAAACUCCCAGUUUGGAGAGAAACAGUAAAAAAAGAAAAAUCAAAAGGAGAAAAGAACGCUCUCAAGUGGACCAGCUUUUAAGUAUCUCCUUAAGAGAAGAAGAGCUCAACAACUCUCUGUUGGGUGUGGAAAAUAGCCUUCAACAGGCUCGUACUGCUCUGCAAAAUGCAUAUAUAGAAGUCCAGCGCCUAAUGGUUGUAAAACAGAAGCUGGCCUUGGAAAUGAGCACCAUGAGGACACAGAGAAUACAGAUCCUGCAGGGACUUCAGCAAGGAUCUUCUGAACCAGCCAGCAAAAUAUCAAAGCAAGUUAACAGCCAAGAACCAGCAACACCGGUUGUCUCUCCUGGAAGUUUAUUUUCUUUUCUCCUGGAGAUGCCGUGCGUUGCUCCCCAGGCAUCACCAUCAGGUUCGGCCCUUCUAGAUCCAGGCUGCGCGUUCACACCGCCUAUGCCCCAGGCGUCCUCUGUCGCUGACACGUUCCCCGAUUCAUCAGGAUCCAUAAAACAGGAGCCAAACGCGCCUGAAAUGGAGGAAGACAACAUGGUCACCAGCCCAGAUCAAGCUGACCCACCAUGUGAAACCGAUGGUGAAGCUUGCCGGAACUCUUCCGUAUAUCCGAUCAUUACGGCUACCAUGUCUCUUUCGGAGCUAACCAGAGGUUUUCCCCAACUCGAUAUGCCUCUGUCCGUCGAUCGGGCUACAAAUUCAGAUGUCCCGACGACUUCCGUGUCCUGUUCAUCAACCAACAUAGAACAAGCAACGGGCAGCUCUGAAAUCCAGUCGCUCUUCCCAGAAAGACCGUCUCAUAGCCAGCCGCAAGAAGCAAACAGCUGCUCGCCACGUCCGCCGGAAGAGCCACGAGCAGAAUCGACUUUUAACGCGAGCGAGAAUAAAGCGGGCAAGAAAAAAAAGAAACUGCGCAAGAAGAAGACAUUGAAAGCCGUGCAUGUUCCUGAGAACAGCGACACCGAGCAAGACACCUGGACCAGUAAACCAAUACGGAAGAUUAGGGGCUGGAAAUUUUCAGACGAUACUGCGGUCAGCACUUCGACACCCCUAGGCCAAGAGCUUGGGCGUAUAUCGGAGAAGGGUGGAGGGAACUGUGACAGCGAUUCCAGCGUCCAGCUGGUGGAGAUUCCAUGUCAAAAGUUGGAAGUGGUGCAGAUAGACUCUGAUUCUGACGACGACAAACCAGACAGCCCGUCCAAAAUGGACGUCGUGAGCUCUAUGGGCAGGAGUACGGAGGCGAAUGACGAAGUGACGUCCACCAGUGAGCUCGGCUCAAAUUACACGGAGGAACCCAAUGUGCCCAUUAAUCGAAGAGUAUCGCUCACCAGGUCAAAGAAUUCCUCGGACGUAUCAUCAGAAGCCGGAGAAGACGACGAGCCUACAGAAGGCCGCUUUGAAGGACACCAAGCCUCUGUUAACGCCGUCCAGAUAUUCGAAGGCUUGCUUUAUACCUGCUCUGCGGACAAAACCGUCCGCGCUUAUAACCUUGUGAAUCGGCAGAGCGUGGGGGUCUUCGAAGGCCAUGCAUCGAAAGUGAACUGUCUUCUGGUAACGCAGACUUACGGAAAGUCUGCGAUGCUCUUCACAGGUUCCAGCGACCGCACCAUCCGCUGCUACUCCGUCAAGACUCAGAAGUUUGUCGAGCAGAUUGACCUCGGGGAACGAGUCCUCUGUCUGCACGUGCGAUGGAGAAUCCUUUAUGCGGGUCUUGGCAACGGGACCGUGGUUACUUUUUCCCUUAAGAACAACAAGCAGAUUGAUGUAUUUGAGUGUCACGGCCCCCGGGCGGUUAGCUGCUUGGCAACAUCACAAGAGGGGGCUCGUCGGCUGCUGCUCGUGGGAUCCUACGAUUGUACCAUCAGCGUCAGAGAUGCUCGGAAUGGUCUCCUACUUCGAACUCUUGAAGGACAUACAAAGACCGUCCUCUGCAUGAAGGUCGUCAACGAUCUUGUGUUCAGCGGAUCCAGUGACCAAACGGUUCAUGCCCACAACAUCCAUACCGGGGAGUUGGUGCGCAUUUAUAAAGGGCACAAUCAUGCCGUGACGGUGGUCAAUAUCUUGGGGAAGGUCAUGGUGACAGCCUGCUUGGAUAAACUUGUUCGUGUCUAUGAGCUGCAGUCCCAUGAUCGAUUACAAGUAUACGGUGGACAUUCAGACAUGAUCAUGUGUAUGGCGAUUCACAAAAGCAUGAUCUACACCGGUUGUUACGAUGGCAGUGUGCAAGCUGUGCGCCUGAACCUGAUGCAGAAUUACCGCUGCGGGUGGCACGGCUGCUCCCUUAUAUUUGGUGUUGUGGACCACCUGAAGCAGCAUCUGCUUACUGAUCACACCAACCCCAACUUCCAGACGCUGAAAUGCCGAUGGAAAAACUGCGAUGCCUUCUUCACGGCUCGAAGGGGCUCCAAGCAGGAUGCGGUAGGACACAUGGAGCGUCAUGCAGACGAGGACAGCAGAUUAAACAUUUAAUCAAGCGCAUCUCCUCCCAUAUUGGGAAGUUUUUGUAUUUAAACAAAAAAAAAAGUCGACCUUGGCCGUCUUGUGAUUCGCAAAGGCAACAUUCCCCUUGUCAGCGGGAAAACUCGCAAGUCACGGCCCCGAUCUACAAGCCGAUCGCCGCACAAAGCAACAGCUUCCAAAGCGCCAACUGGUUAUGUUGUUGGUAAGCUUCGAAAAUCCAUUGUUCUGUUACACAACCUUGUUAGUGUUCUAAAGCAGCUGACCAAAAAUAUCUCAUUUCAUUCUUUUUUUUCUUUUCAUGGGCACAGCAUGGAAAAAAAAAACAUCGUUUAAACUGAUUGCCUUAGCAAUG